GUGCGCACAGUGACCUAACCUUGCCACACUAGCUCACGCUUUUUUCCUUCCCCUGCUGCUGUGGCUCCAAAAGGCAAGGGGAGAAAAAGCAGCACUACAGAGAGUUCACUGCUCUGCAGUCAGCUCCUCUCUCCACGUGAGGAAGGAGGAAAAUUGCAUAACUGAGAAGGUGCCGAAAGUGUCUUCCUCCAGAUCUUCACAGAACUGCAGCAAUUUUCCUGUGAGGGUCUUCUUGUGUUUUACACGGAGAAGAGAGACCAAGGAGGAUCUGUCUCCGUCGUAAGUGCCCACGGGUGGAGCACGCAGCGGGGGUGAUGCCCCGGGAGAUGGAGAAAACCGUCAGCAAACUAAUGUAUGACUUCCAGAGGAACUCCACCUCUGACGACGACUCAGGUUGCGCCCUGGAGGAGUACGCCUGGGUGCCCCCCGGACUGAAACCUGAACAGGUCCAUCAGUAUUAUAAUUCACUACCCGAAGACAAGGUUCCCUAUGUGAACAGCCCUGGAGAGAAGCACCGAAUCAAGCAGCUUCUGCACCAGCUGCCCCCACAUGAUAAUGAGGUGCGGUACUGUAACACUAUGGAUGACGAGGAGAGGAGGGAACUGAUGCUGUUCAGCAACCAGCGCAAGAGGGACAACCUGGGGCGGGGCAACAUCAGACCCUUCCCCCUGACCAUGACUGGAGCCGUCUGCGAGAAGUGUGGAGGGCAGAUUAAUGGGGGAGACAUCGCGGUGUUCGCCUCUCGCGCCGGACACGGCAUGUGCUGGCACCCGCACUGCUUUGCGUGCAGCAUGUGUGACGAGCUGCUGGUGGACCUCAUCUACUUCUACCAGGACGGCAAGAUCUACUGCGGCCGCCACCACGCCGAGCGCCUCAAACCCCGCUGCUCAGCCUGCGACGAGAUAAUCUUUGCAGAUGAAUGUACAGAGGCAGAGGGCAGGCACUGGCACAUGAAGCACUUCUGCUGCUACGAGUGUGAGACGGUGCUGGGGGGCCAGCGCUACAUCAUGAAGGAAGGUCGGCCCUACUGCUGUGACUGCUUCCAGUCCCUGUUUGCAGAGUACUGCGACGCCUGUGGCCAACAAAUAGGUAUUGACCAGGGUCAGAUGACGUACGACGGUCAGCACUGGCACGCAAGCGAAGAGUGUUUCUGCUGCGCCUGCUGCAAGCGGUCCCUGCUGGGGCGCCCGUUCCUGCCCAAGCAAGGCCAGAUCUUCUGCUCGCGCUCCUGCAGCAUGGGGGAGGAGCCCGCCGACUCCGACUCAUCGGACUCCGCCUUCCAGAGCGGCCGUUCCCGGGGCAACGCGGGGAACGAGCUAGAGGCCGUGCUGGCGGCGGCGCCGGACCGUUUCGCGGACGACGUGGACCCUCUCCCGCUGCAGAUGGACCGCAUGAGUCUGGGCCCGCCCCGCGACCAGCUGGAGACCUCGCCCACGCCCCUGCAGCUCCUCAGCCAAUGCAACGUCCGGACGGCCUACAGCCCCACCCCGCCCACCGCCGCCAAGCGGCCCAGUCAGGGCCCGCCUCGCCCCGGCUCCUGGGCCAAGGAGCCCAGCGAGACCAAGCGGACCUCCAUGGCUGCCUUCAAAGGGCAGUCAUUCAACGACAACUGGAUCCGCCCCAACCCAGAGGAGUUCUGCCCUCCCAAGCUCAAAAUGCAGAUGAGCUUUAACGAGACCUCCAGCAAUGGGUUCUCAGGAAAGAGAAGCAUCAGCCUGCACGGGUUCCACAGAGAUGCCGGGGCCCAGCUGGGCAGAAGCAGGAACCCCAUCAGCGGUCUCAGUUUCCCAGAGCAAUUAAGCCCCCUGGAACAGACGCCAAGGGGCUCGAUGGAGUCUCUCGCUCUGUCCAACGCAACAGGCACAUCGAUGGACGGAGGCGGCAAGAGGCAGGAGCAUUUGUCGCGGUUUUCCAUGCCGGAUUUGAGCAAAGACUCGGGCGUGAAUGUGUCGGAGAGGAGCCCCAUGGGAACGCUGGACUCCUCGGUCCCGUUCCGGAGCACGGAGUCGCUGCAGAGCUUGGGUUCUAGCCGGCGGUACCCGGGCCUGGAGGUUCCAGUCCGGCUCCAGUACCCUCUGGGGUACCGCGGCUCUCCCCAGGGCUUCCCCUUCGAGGGUGCCUCUGCGGGUUGCCACGGCGACAUGCGAAUGGCCCCCACCAGCGAGAGGACGCGGCGCCGGGCCGAGGCCCUCGGGGGCCCGCCGCACCCCCGACACCACCACCACCACCGGCACUUAUCCCGCCAUUCCCGGCGGUCGCGCUCUGACAACGCCCUGCACCUGGCGGCCGAGCGUCACGAGCACGACUUCACCCCGCUGCAGUACCACCCCCAGCCCGCCGGGGGCGGCGGUGGGUUCCGACGGGACCUCUACCGGCCCUGCCCGCGGACCACCUCCGACCUCUCCCUGCAGAACCCCGUGGGCCGCCGGCUGGGGGCCUUCCUGGAGGACCACGAGGACAAGGCCGACUGGUGCUCCACCUGUUCCUCCUCCUCGGAGUCUGACAACGAGGGCUACUUCCUGGGCCAGCCUAUCCCCCGCCCCGUCCAGCUCUGCUAUCUGACCAAUGAGGAGCUCCUGCACAAGUACGGGGCCCCGGGGAUGGGCGGGGGUCCUCUGAGCCAUCGCAAGCACAGGAAGAGCAAGAAUUGCAUCAUUUCAUAGUGCCAAAUUACAACUCCAAAUCACAGACCCAGUCCAGAUCAAAAAGUGCAUGGCAGUAGAUGACAAAAAGAAUGACCCAGUUUCAUAAGAACAAAUGGAUAUUAGAAUGUUAGUGCGUGAAAUUACACAAAAUGACAGUUGACGGAUUAAAGAACACAACAGCCCUUUGCAGACAUUCUAAAGCUUGGCAGUUCACUCCAAAAACCUCUUUUUCAUCUGAAACGGCUUUGAGGGCUCCCCGGGAGAAUGGUAACAUCAAACAAGCCCUUGUAAAACAUUUACAAAGUUAAUUUCAUUCUAACAUGAAACGUGGAACAUUUUUUAAUGUUGUAAAGUCUACAGUGUGUGGUGUACAGUGUGGUGACCAUUGACGGCAACAAAUGUUCUGCAUAUGUACCAUGUAUAACUAUAUACCUUUUAUUGAGAGUAUUAUGUCUCCUGGAGCUCUUGCACCCUGUUAAUGAGCAAAAAAUGAAAAUAAAAAAAGAUCUUUAAUGAAUGCACUUCCAGUGGCAGAGAAUAAUGGCAGCAUGGUGGAAAGCGCCUAUAUGCAGGCUUCUCUUUCAGGAUAUCUGCCAUUGGCUGAGGCUGACCAUGGGCUUGAGCACAAAAUGGACAUUGAUUUACCUGCAUCAGUAGACAACUAAAGCAUUUUGUUGUACUGUUUGCUGUCAUCUCCUUAUAUCACUGGUAUAAGCAGGUAUCUCCCUGCUCUUUGCAUUAUGUACCUGUUCUGUUAGGCUGUGGAUGCUAGCAACCUUCUUUUUCCCAGUGAAGCACUGUAAAGUUCUGUAAAGUUCUGGGUUAAUGCAUUGUUCUUGGUUCUAGAAGUUACCGUCAAAUGAAACUGUAAACUGUAUGUAAAUUUGGUAAGUUGAUGUAUUAAUGUAAAUAUUGUGCAAAUGAGGCCCCACAUAUUUUUAUAUUUUGUAUUAAUAUAAUGUACCAUAUACUGUAGUCAUGUACCAUAUUACUCUAGUAAUAGAUAUGCAUGCACGUCUGUGGGCUGACCUGGUGUUGUGAUAGAAUUGAACAAAGUAUUUCAAUAAAAAUAACUUAUUGACACCUCUCCAUGAAAA